AUGGUAACCUAUAGAUGUGAAAUAUGGCCCACAACCAAACAAUUAGAAAAAAGGCUGCUAGUAUUUGAAAAUAAAAUACUGAGGAAGAUUUGUGGUCCAGUGUUUGAUAGCGAGCUAAAUAAUUUGCGUAGAAGAAAAAAUACUGAACUAAGAGAAAUCACUGAAGUUCCACUAUUAACAAGCCACAUUAAGUGUCAAAGACUCAAAUGGUUUGGUCAUACCAUGCGGAAAACAGAAACCACUAAUACGAGAGCAGUUAUGGAGUGGCAACAGGGAAAAGACCAAGAGGGAGGCCUAGAAAGCGAUGGAUGGAUGGAAUAA